AUGGGCGGUAUAGGCAAGACCACUCUUGCUCGCCUUGUUUACAAUGAUGUCAAAGUCAAAAAAAACUUUGACCUCAAAGCUUGGGUUACAGUGUCAGAUGAAUUUGACGUUUUCAAAUUGACAAAAACAAUUUUUGAUCAAAUAAUCAGUGGUCAAAAGGAUUGCAAUAUCAAGCACCCAGAUCAACUUCAAUAUGAAUUGAAGAAGGUUAUAGAAGGGAAGAAGUUCCUCUUUGUUUUCGACGAUGUUUGGAAUAAGAAUUAUAACCUCUGGAAUAACUUAAAGAGUCAAUUCAAAUUUGGAGCGUCAGGGAGUAAAAUCAUUGUGACAACACGUGAUCAAAACAUUGGAUCUGCAAUGGGUACUUUUCAAAAUCAUUAUCUUCAAAUAAUAUCGGAUGAAGAUAGUUGGCAAUUAUUUGCAAAACAUGCAUUCCAACAAAUAAUAGACCGAAGUGCACUUCAAGAGUUUGAAGAAAUCGGUAGAGGAAUUGUUAGAAAAUGCAAUGGCCUUCCUUUAGCUAUCAAAUCACUUGGUGGUCUUUUGUGCUCCAAAAACCGUAUCGAUGAAUGGGAAGAUAUACUAAACAGUGAUAUAUGGAAGUUGCAGUGUGACAUUCUUCCUGCUCUUUGGUUGAGCUAUCACUAUUUGCCUUCGCAUCUUAGACAAUGCUUUGCUUAUUGUUCAAUUUUCCCUAAAGAUUACAAAUUUGAAAAGGAAAAAUUAAUUUUAUUGUGGAUGGCAGAAGAUCUUUUGCAACCACAACAAGAUAAGACUCUAGAAGAAAUCGGAGAGGAGUACUUUAAUGAUCUUACAUCAAGGUCAUUCUUUCAUCAAAAUGAACAUGGCUGUUUUACCAUGCAUGACCUUGUUAACGAUUUGGCUACCUUUGUUUCUAGAGAAUUUUGUUUAAGGUUCGAUGAUGGUUACUCAAAAGUUUUUACAGGGAAGACUCGUCAUUUGUCAUGCAUGACAUAUGUGAGCCAUGAUAUGAAGAAUCUAGAGGAAUAUUUAUCAAAAAAUAAGGUGUUGCGCACGUUUUUGUUUCAAUCUAGAAUGUUGCCCAAACAGUUUUUGACAAAUCUUGAACAGUAUUUGAAACCAAUGAGAUGUCUAAGAGUGCUUUCUCUACGUCAGAGUUGUGUUACAACAGGCUUUGAUUUGAUUGGCAGUUUAAAGCUUUUAAAGUAUAUAGAUUUGUCUCAUACUGAAAUUGAAGAAUUACCUGAUACAAUUUAUACUCUCUACAAUUUGCAGACAUUCUUGUUAAAUACGUGUAAACAUCUUCAUAGGUUGUCCAGUUCAAUUGGCAAUUUGAAACAUCUAAGAUUCUUGGACUUGUCUCAUUGUAGUAAAAUUGAAGAGAUACCCAACACAUUGUGUGAUUUGAAGGAUCUGCGUACUCUAAAUCUGAUGGGCUGUCAAUCUCUUUCUUGUUUACCAGCUGAUAUGUCAAGAUUGGUCAACCUAUGCUAUCUGGACUUUUCGAAUACAAAGGUGACAAAGAUGCCACUGCAAAUUUGUGAAUUGAAACGUCUGCAACAUUUAGAACCUGCCUUUCUUGUAGACCAUAAUGGCGGACGUAAUAUUAAAGACUUGGGUAAUCUUCAAGAUCUGCGUGGUUCUUUUUGGAUAAAAAAUAUUGAAAAUAUAAUAAAUGUUGGAGAUGUUUCAAAAGCCAAAUUGAAAGAUAAGAGGCAUAUUACAUGUCUUCGAUUGGAGUGGUGUGGUGAAACAGAUGAUUCAGAGAAAUCACGAGUGGUACUUGAAAAGCUUCAACCUCACACAAAUGUCCAAGACCUAAGAAUUUGGAAUUACCAAGGUACAGGGUUUCCAAGUUGGAUAGGGCAUCAUUCAUUUAGUCACAUAGUAUCUCUGUACCUACUUAAUUGUAAAAAUUGUUACUUGCUUCCGUCGCUUGGACAGCUUCCCUCCUUGAAAGAUCUUAAUAUUUGGGGAUUAGAAAUGGUGGAGAGAAUAGGUGAUGAAUUUUAUUCCUGCAGCAGCAUUAGUAUUGGUUCUUCUUCCAUGAUUAAUACACCAGUACCAUUCAAGUCCUUGGAAAUUUUAUACCUUGGUGAUCUAAGAGAAUUAAGAGAAUGGAAGGAGUGGUCUUUAAUGAUGGGAGGAGAUGUUGGAGGAAGUGAAGGUACUGGAGCCUUCCCACAACUUAGAAAGCUUAGUUUAAGAGAAUGUCCCAACAUAAAUGGGGCCUGCUUACCUUGUAAUCUUCCAUCCUCCACAACUCUUCAAAUCUUCUCUGGAUGCCAACAAGUGGUGGCUUCACUCCAAAGUGAUCAACUUCCAUGGCUGGGUGAAUUGCAGCUAAUUCGUUGCUCAGAGUUGGAGUCAUUUCCGCCACAAGGUGGAUUGCCCACCAAUAUCCAUACAAUUCAAAUUUUGGGUUGUGAAAAAUUGGAGUCACUUGCAAAAAAGGGAUGGCCUUCAAAUUUAAAGUCACUUGAAAUUUGCGAUUGCAAAAACCUAUUCAUGGACGUGGGUUCAUUUCCGGAGGAGGGGCAACUUCCAACAACUCUGACUUGUCUUAAGCUUGAAUCUCUUCCAAAGCUUAAAACAUUAAAUGGAAAGGCUCUUCGAGACAUGGUAUGCCUUCAACAACUGACUAUUGAUGAUUGCCGUGGGGUGCAAUGCUUGGUAGAAGAAGGGCUGCCCGAUUCUCUUUCUGAGUUGAAUAUCAUAUGGUGUAAUUCUCUAAUCAAACGGUGCCAGAGAGAUACAGGGGAAGAUUGGCCAAAAAUUGCACACAUCCCUCACAUAGAGAUCACGGCUGAUCUUUGUAUUAGUGGAUUAGAUAUGGUGGAGAGAAUACGUGAUGAAUUUUACUAUUCCUGCAGCAGCACUAGUAGUGGUUCUUCUUCUAUGAUUAAUGAACCAGAGCCUGUACCAUUCAAGUACUUGGAAUCUUUAUACCUUGGUAUUUUAAGAGAAUUAAGAGAGUGGAAGAAGUGGUCAAUAAUGAAAAUGAUGGGAGGUGAUGUUGGAAAAGGAGAUGGGAUGGCCUUCAUAUCAGGUUUUCUGGUAAACUGGAGUCACCUGUUUGGGGACAUGGAUUCAUUUACAGAGGACGGGCAACUUCCCACAACUCUGACUUGUCUUGACCUUAAUGAUCUUCCAAAGCUUAAGUCCUUGAAUGGAAAGGCUCUGCGAGACCUUGUCUUCCUUCAACAAAGGACCAUUGAUUUUAGCGGUGGGGUGCAAUGCUUGCCAGAAGAAGGGCUGCCAGAUUCUCUUUCUGAAUUGAAUAAGCAAGGGUGUCAUAGUUCGGUUGCUGACCGGUGCAAGAGAGAUACAGGGGAGGAAAUUGCACACAUCGCUCACGUCAACAUUUGGCCUUGUAAGUAA